AUGGAUACCCACAUAGAAUCAUCACCUACAUUGCAAGUAGAGCAUUCCUCCUUCUGGGUGGAGAAUCUGAUUCUGCAGCCACAAGUAUGGCACCUGACUGAGGGAAAUGCUACUCUGAGGGGAAAAGUCAUUCCUGCCCUGGAAACACCAAUGAUGCCUGUACCCUGCUCACUUGACCUCUCCCAAUUUCAUGGUGACUUUGCUAGACUCUCAGGGUUUCUUGUUCAGGUGACUAACUACUUGACAACUCUCAAGAUCCGCAGUCCUGCAGAUGAUGCCCAAGUCGUUUUUUUUUUUUACUACAUAUCUCAGCAGAGGGAAAGUUGUGGGAUCAUAUCUAGACCUGACCAGAGUGCUCUGUUGAAGCAAUAUGAGAACUUUGUUCUUGAGUUCAAGCAGUCAUUUGGUGAGUCCAAAAAACAGGAAAUGAACCUGAUGAAUGCUAAUGUUAACAAAGGGGACAACUCUUCUUAGUAGGAUGCUACUAAGAAGCUUUUUGCUCAAAAUCUGAUUUAUAAUAAAGCCAAUCAGAGUGAUCACUUCCAAGAGAGACUAGCUGACCCCAUUCAGGAUGGAGUCAGUGGCGGAGUUAUGAUGGACAACCUCCCAGACCUGAUCAUUCAGUAUAUUCAGUUGAACAAGAAAUGUAGUGACAGGCCAGAGCUCUUACAGUCUGAGGUCCAGCUCCCAGUGUUGGCUUCCCUAAUCCACCACCAAACCCUCUCCAGCCCCACAGGUCCACCACCCAGGGAAGAACCUAUACAGCUAAGAGGAAAUCAGCCAUCUCUCACCCCAACAAAAAGAGCUCACCAGGAAGAAACUCAGUUGUACCUCUACUGCAGCCAGGCUGGUCACUUCAUAGGAGAUUGUCUUGCCAAAUGAUUUUGAGCCCCAGCAAGGACAAAUAACCCAGCUCACAAGUAA